AACCCAAAACUUCCUUAAACUCACUUCUGCAAUCACACUGUAUCCAAAGCGCAUUUAAAGUCGGAUCCAGUAGUUAAGCAGGUUCAGAUAUGUCUGGAGUGGCGUCAACUUUGGCUAAGAAGCGAGCCCGGGCUGCGGGUUUCGGCACCAACGCGAACGCCAACAAAUACCUGAACCAGGAUUAUGAGGCGAUCAGAAGUCAGUGCAAAAGUCAGGGGCAGCUUUUCUGUGAUCCUUAUUUUCCAGCUGAGCCAGAGUCCCUGGGCUUUAAGGAACUUGGACCAAAUUCCUCCAAGGUCCGAGGAAUGCAAUGGAAAAGACCUGGGGAGUUGUGCUCCAGACCUCAGUUCAUUACCGGAGGAGCUACAAGGACUGAUAUUUGCCAAGGAGCCCUGGGGGACUGCUGGCUCUUGGCAGCCAUCGCCUCUCUGACGUUGAACGAGGAUGUGAUGGCCAGGGUGGUCCCCAGUGGCCAGGAUUUUGGCGCAGACUACGCUGGAAUCUUCCACUUUCAGUUCUGGCAGUUUGGUGAGUGGGUGGAUGUCGUCAUUGACGAUCGGCUACCCGUGAAGGACGGGAAGCUAAUGUUCGUCCAUUCAGAAGAAGGCAGCGAGUUUUGGAGCGCCCUCUUGGAAAAGGCCUACGCUAAGGUGAACGGCUCAUACGAGGCUCUGUCCGGAGGCUCCACCACCGAGGGCUUUGAGGAUUUUACUGGUGGAAUUGCCGAGCAGUACGAGCUGAAGAACGCGCCGGCGAACAUAUUCCAGAUUAUUCAGAAUGCUCUGGCGUCUGGAGCUCUGCUUGGCUGCUCUAUAGACAUCACGAGUGCUGCUGAUUCAGAGGCCAUCACUCGGCAGAAGCUGGUGAAGGGACACGCCUACUCACUGACAGGGGCUGUCGAGGUUAAUACCCGUGCAGGUCCGGAGAAGCUGGUGCGCAUGAGGAACCCGUGGGGUCAGGUGGAGUGGACUGGACCCUGGAGUGAUGGCUCAGCCGAGUGGAACUCUGUGAAUCCUUCGGAGCGCCCGAGCAACAACGCUGAAGACGGAGAGUUUUGGAUGUCCUUUUCUGACUUCCAGCGGAAUUACUCCCGUAUCGAGAUCUGCACCCUGACCCCCGACGCCAUCACCAGCAGCCAGGUUAAACCAUGGAGUGUGAAGAAUUAUAAUGGAACCUGGAGGAGGGGCUCCACCGCCGGAGGAUGCAGGAAUAAUGCUCAAACGUUCUGGAUGAACCCGCAAUUCGUUAUCAAGGUGAACGAAGAGGACGAUGACCCGAACGACAACGAGCAGGGAUGCAGCCUUGUAAUGGGUCUGAUCCAGAAGAACCGACGCCGGUUAAGAAAGGACGGCGAGGACAUGCACACCAUCGGCUAUGCCAUCUACGAGGUGCCUUCACAGUUCAAGGGCCAGACAAACCUGCACCUGGAUAAGAACUUUUUCCUGACGCACGCGCAGAAAGCUCGCUCUGAGACCUUCAUCAACCUGCGUGAGGUCAGCACACGCUUCAAGCUGCCUGCUGGCGAAUACCUGGUCGUGCCUUCCACCUACGAGCCUAAUAAGGACGGUGACUUCUGCCUGCGUGUCUUCUCUGAGAAGCAGACCGAAACACAGCGUUGCGAUGAUCCUGUCGAUGCUAAAUUAGUAGACGAAACCGUGUCAGACAGUGAAGUAGAUUCGAACUUCAGGAGCCUGUUUAUGAAACUGGCAGGAACUGACAUGGAGAUCUCUGCCGCAGAGCUCAGAACGAUCAUGAACAAAGUAGUCGGCAAACGAACGGACAUUAAGACAGACGGUUUCUCCCUGGACACGUGUCGCACCAUGGUCAACCUCAUGGAUGACUCCGGCAACGGGAAGCUUGGUCUGGGCGAGUUCGCCACAUUGUGGAAGAAAGUGCAGAGAUACAUGGAUAUCUAUAAACAAAACGACAUGGAUGGCUCUGGGAAAAUAAGCACACCAGAGUUUCGUGGAGCACUGGGAAAAGCCGGAUUCACUCUGAACGAUACCAUCUUUCAGCUUUUGGUGAACCGCUUCGCUGAUACUGACCUCACCAUUGACUUUGAUGACUUUGUGUCCUGCAUUAUGCGGUUGGAGCUGAUGUUCCGAGUUUUCCGUAAAAUGGAUCCACACAACACCGGUUUCUUAGAGAUGAACUUUGAAAUGUGGCUGUAUUUAACUAUGAUUUAAACAGCACCAGCCUGAGCAAAAAGCUAUGAGAGUCCAAUACUUGCAUAAGGACUUAUAAACUUUUUUUAUCAGUAAUUAUAGUUGGAACAAUUAAAAGUGGGGAAAAAAAGAAAUAAAUUUUUUUUUUUUUUUUUUUUUUUUUUUUUUUUUUUUUUUACAAUACUAUUGUUAAAUUUAUGGAUUUUUUUUUUAAAGACGUUUGUGUUUUCUUGAAAGCGACAAUGGCUAAUAUAUAAAGUUUUAAUAUAGAACAAUACUCGAUUUUGCCUUGGUUUUAUUUGGUUAUAUGAUGGGGCGAGGGAAAUCUUAAAAAAAAAAAAAAAAAAACACUAAAGUUAUUUUUAAAUUUAUGAAAUUUUUAUGGAGAAAUUUAUUAUGAUAAUUAUGGUAAUAUAUCUACAUUUCUUUUCUUCUGCAUUUUUAAGUACCCCUAUUUUUGGUUCAAGUGCCCCUGAUGUCACAAUAUAGACAUGGGAGUUUAAACCUACCACAGACUUGUAUGCUAAUAUAUGCAAAUUAGGGUAGAUUAAACGGUAACUGGGAAUAGUUAAAGUUUAGUUAAAAAAUAUACAUGGAUGUAUUGAGUGACUCAGGGUUGUUAAGAUAAUUUCAAUAAAUCACUUUAAAUAUUACAAUACUGAUUAAGCACAACUUGCUGAAGGUGUUGCUAAAGGGCUGGGGUUUUACAUUUGUUUAAUUUUCAUAUUAAUGCAUAUUCAUUUUUGAAGGUAGGCCUGCAAAUUUUAGAUCUGUUUUUGGCAAUGAAAAACAAAUUAAACUUUUUUUUUUCCAGCUUAAAUUACAUUUCUGAUUAUAAACUGACACCUUCAGGGGGAUUUGAAUCAAAAAUGCUGCAUGAUUUUGAUGCGUUGUUUGUGUUUUGGGAAUUUUAUGGUACAAUGACUUAUUAAAAAUGUGUUUCUCGAA